GGGGAAACAAACGGCAGAUACCCGCAGAGAGAAAAAGAGAGGAUCCUAACAGAAGAGGAAAAAGAGGCCAUUGACCUCUUGCAUCAUCAUGGACGCAGGCAUAGACAGUGGGCUCAGUCACAGAAAAGGCUCCUCUCAGCAUCAAGACACAGAAUUAUUCUCAUCUGAAGAAGACAGCAGCCUCUAUUUCACCUACAGUGGAGAGUGCGAUGAGCUGGAGGUCAACAACCUGCACUAUGAGGUGGACACAGCGGCUCAGAUCCCCUGGUACGAGAGGUUGUCAGAGUUUAAGCUGCCAUGGGAGAUAAGAGGAAACAAGCAGACGGCCAUCAACAAGCUCAGCCUCCGUGUUCGCAGCGGACAGAUGCUGGCUGUUAUUGGCAGCUCAGGUUGUGGUAAAACAUCUUUGCUGGACAUAAUAACAUGUCGGGAUGAGGGCGGUACAAUGACGUCCGGUCAGGUUCUGAUUAACGGGAAGCCCAACACACCGCAGCUGGUGAAGAAGAGUAUCGCUCAUGUCCGCCAAGACGACCGCCUUCUUCCUCACCUCACUGUCCGCGAGACUCUCGUCUUUGUUGCCAAACUGAGGCUCCCCACCCACUUCACACAGGCUCAGAGGGAGCAGAGGGUGGAUGAUGUAAUUGCAGAGCUGCGGCUGCGACAGUGUGCACACACCAGGGUGGGAAACGACUAUGUGAGGGGUGUUUCUGGAGGAGAGAGGAGGAGAGUCAGUAUAGCUGUCCAGCUUCUCUGGAACCCUGGUAUUUUGAUCCUGGAUGAGCCCACAUCGGGAUUGGACAGCUUCACAGCUCACAACCUGGUGAUCACGCUGUCCCGCCUGGCUCGGGGAAACCGUCUGGUCCUGCUGUCCGUCCACCAGCCUCGAUCAGACAUUUUCCAGCUCUUCGACCUCGUCGUCCUGCUUUCGUCGGGUUCAGCUGUUUACUGUGGCGCUGCCCGUGACAUGGUGCCUUACUUCACUGCACUGGGAUACCCCUGCCCACGAUACUGCAACCCCUCUGACUUCUAUGUUGAUCUGAUCAGUAUAGAUCGCCGCAGUCCAGAGCGAGAGGCCGAGUGUUUGGAGCGGGCCAGAGUCCUGGCUGAGCAAUUCAUGGAAAAGGUCAGAGACACAGACGAUCACAUGUGGAAACCAGCUGGAACCAAUGCAGCACCAACUGAAAGCCCUCAGCAGCCCAGCAGGGCAGAGGGAGAGGCAGUAAUCGCCAUUUCCAAGCAAAAAAACAAACUGCCUGGUGGACUUCAGCAAUUUACCGUCCUCAUCAGGCGUCACAUGUAUAAUGACUUCAGAGACCUGGUCACCUUAUUGGUCCACGGCUUCGAAGCCCUCCUCAUGUCACUGCUGGUCGGUUGUCUGUACUACGGGGCAGGAGAAGAGCGUCUGUCCAUUCAGGACACAGUGGCCCUCCUCUACAUGAUCGGAGCUCUCACCCCAUUUGCUGUGGUGCUGGACGUCAUAGCUAAAUGUCACACAGAAAGAGCCAUGCUUUACCACGAGCUGGAGGACGGCAUGUACUCUGUCACCUCCUAUUUCUUUGCCAAGGUCCUGGGGGAGUUACCAGAGCACUGUGUGUUCACCUUGGUCUACGGCCUGCCCAUCUAUUGGCUGGCCGGCCUUAACGAGGCUCCGGACCGUUUCCUGCUCAACUUCCUGCUGGUGUGGCUGAUGGUUUACUGCAGCCGAGCCAUGGCUCUGUUUGUAGCUGCCGCACUGCCCACCCUGCAGACCUCAGCCUUCAUGGGCAACUCCUUGUUCACCGUCUUCUAUCUGACUGGAGGAUUUGUCAUCAGCCUUGAGAAUAUGUGGCUUGUGGCCUCAUGGCUCUCUUACGCCUCCUUCAUGCGUUGGGGAUUUGACGGCCUGCUGCAGGUGGAGUUCAGAGGACAGAAGUACCCCGUCAGCAUUGGAAACAUCACCUUCAAAGUCGACGGCAUACAUGUGGUGGAGGCCAUGAGCAUGAACCAGUACCCUCUGUACUCAUGCUAUCUGGUCCUGCUGGCAGUCUGUCUAGGCUUCAUGGGGCUGUAUUACUUGACCCUAAAAUUCAUCAAACAGAAGUCUAGUCAGGACUGGUGAACACAUUUUGACCAGUUUCAACAUUUACAUAACAUAAACAGGAGAGAGUUUGACUUUAGGAAGAGUUGUUUUGCAGUAAUGGAAGGAAAUAAUUUGAGUUUUAGUUCGACUGGUUCGACAUUGAGCUUUCCAUCAUUAGUUUUACGAUUCUUAUUAGGAUGUUUUUCAUUGAAAAAGUUCUUAAUUCAGGGGGUAAAAGUAAAAUAAAUGUUUUUUUCUUUAGAAUCUUUACAUUUUCACAAUAAUUUCAACACCUGCACUCUUUUAAAUGGUAGGAAGACAAGAAUUAUGAUCCUUUGGCACCACAAUCUCAACAUGUACCCAGAGUUUACAGUUCAAAAAUUAGUAUAAUUGGGGGUGGGGGUGGGAGGGAGUUGUACUCACUUUAUGUUGGCCGAAGAAGUAUUUGUUGCAGUACCGCUGUCUGCUGCUGGAUGGCAGCAGAGCACUGCAGUAACACCAAAGUUAAAAUGAUGGAACAUUUUUUUUUCUCCUUUCCCUCUCUUCUCUGUCUUGGCAAAUGAUUAGAGUGCCACUUUGGCAGAUAUCCAUCUGCAGCUUUUGCUGGUUCCAUUUUCAAUCUUCUUUUUUCUACAGCUUUAUCUUUUUUUGUAUAUGUAAGGUUAUUAAGCUUAACAAUGUGUUUGCCAGUAUAGCGAGCACUGAAAAAAAAAGCCUUGUAGAGAUUUAGUAAGUCACACUUAGGAAAAAAACAGGGCUUGCACUUGUGUCCUCAUAGAUUGAAGAUUAUGUAAGCUGUGUUUUUUUUUUUUUUUGUUUUGCACUGGUGCAAAAGCCUGAUAAAUGUUUUACCGACGUGGUUUGAAUCCAAAUUAGUAAAGUAUUAAAUCAAA